AUGAGCGGGUGUGAAGUCGCGGAAGUGGUAGACGGGGUGCCCGUGUUCAGACCGAGUUUUGAGCAGUUUCAGGAUUUCUACUCGUUUGUUCGGUCGAUCAACGAGUAUGGGAUGCGGAGCGGGAUCGUCAAGAUCGUGCCUCCGCAGGAGUGGCUUGAUAUGGUGGAUUUCCCGCCAAAAAGAGAGAUUCUGCAGGGGAUUAAGAUACGGAAACCAAUCCAGCAGCACAUUGCCGGCGCUCAGGGAGUGUUCAUGGUGCAGAACGUGGAGAAGAGCAAGGUGUACAACAUCAUACAGUGGAAAGACCUGUCACGUGACUACACGUUGCCCGACUCGCCAGGUAACGGCAACGGCGAGGGCCGGCUGCCCUCGCCGCCGGUGAAAUCGUCCAGGAUUAAGCUCAGGAACCCGGAUAAUUUCAGUGCGGAGAAUUUCGAGGAGUUCAGGGACCAUUUCAAUGCAGAUAACCUGCGGGAGUUCGACGACGCGCAGAGAUUGGAGUCUCUGGAGUCGUACUACUGGAAAACUUUGAACUUCACCGCGCCGAUGUAUGGGGCAGAUACGCUGGGAUCUGUUUUUCCGCAGGAUUUGAAGAUUUGGAACGUGGCAAAGUUGCCGAACCUGCUGGAUCAGAUGGAGCAGAAGUUGCCGGGGGUGAACAACUCGUAUCUGUAUGCGGGGCUGUGGAAGGCGUCGUACGCAUGGCAUUUGGAAGACCAGGAUCUUUACUCCAUAAACUACAUUCACUUUGGAGCUCCAAAACAGUGGUACGCUAUCCCGCAGGAGGAUCGGGAUAAAUUCUACAGAUUCAUGAAGGAUCAAUUUCCUAUGGAUGCUGCCAAGUGCCCGGAGUUCCUGAGACAUAAGAUGUUCCUUGUGUCGCCAAAGCUUUUGCGGAAAAAUGGCAUACGAUGCAAUAAGAUUGUUCAUCGCCAGCGAGAAUUCAUAAUCACGUUUCCUUAUGGCUAUCAUGCAGGAUUCAACUACGGUUAUAAUUUGGCCGAGUCGGUUAACUUUGCUCUGCAGGAGUGGUUGCCCAUUGGCAAGAAGGCUGGGAAGUGCUUAUGUGUGGAUGAUGCUGUCGGCAUCGAUGUCGAUAAACUUGCAGACAAGUGGAAUGCGACUAAGAAGGAGGAACUGAAGCCCCAACUGCACGUCCCUGAUACGGCAGACCAGGAAAACAGACUUAAAAGCUUUGGUGAACUAUUGAACCACAGCUCUCAAGAAUUGCAACAAUUGGAGGAGAAUAAGACGAUGCCCAUGCUAGGCUCAGGAAUCAAUAGACCACAGAGUAGCUCCAUAAGGUCUACAACGCCGAAUUCAAGUCAAUAUCUAAACAUGAAUCAAACCAUCAGCAGAAUAUCGUCUCCUUUGCUCUCGCGAAUGAUGGACCUCUCGAAUAUCGUGGAACCGACUCUUGAGGAUCCGACCUUGAGAUUCAAAAAGAAGCUGGUACCUUCACAGUUGCAGAGCACAGGUAUUCAUAGCAAUUCUGGCUCACCAAAUGCAAGCAUGCGGAUGACACUACCCACUAAUGAUACCAAUAAUAACGGCAACGGUCUGACAAUGCCGUCGAUGGGCGUCGGGGCUUCUAAUCCACCUUCAGCUUUGCUGGAUGAUAAUGAUGACAAUAUGCUGGCAUUGAGCUUAGCUUCAAUGGCGAAUAGCGGUGCGUCUUCUCCCAGACUUACAUUACCGUCUUUGAAUUCACCUAUCGAGCACGCUAAUCCACCGUCGGGUGCCAAUGCGAAUUCUACGGUACAAGAGCAGGAUUCAACCCAGAAUAACAGCAUAGUAUCUCCUAAACCGUCCUACAGUCAUAACCCUUUGUCUUACUACUCGGCUGCAACUGCGAAGCCAGUUACCAGUAGUGGGGGACUCGCUCCCUUAUCGCCUACUACUUCGAAUCUACCAUUUAUCAAGAAACUUAAGUCACCUAACAUUGUCACUCUCAAUAUAUCAAGAGAGUCUUCAAGAAGUCCUGUCUCCUUUGCUAAUGACUAUAGAACCCCGCUAGCGCCAAACAAUCCUCUGGCAUAUUCCUCUAGCGUCAGCUCCACUUUGAAUCAGGUGCACAACUUCAACAGCACAAGCACUAGUAGCAGUGUAGCGGAGGGCUCUCCAUCCCCAAAGCCGCCGGAGGCAAAGCGACCUAAAUUGGAAAGUAAGGUCUUUUCUCCAACAAGCGCUACGAAGAGGAAACAGGAUCUUAUUAACACCUCGAGUAGCCAGCCACCCAAGUUUUCUUCAAGCGAAAUCGUCAUGUCUGAGAACGGUAAAGUCUACAUUUGUCAAGAGUGUAAGAGACAGUUUUCAUCGGGUCAUCAUCUUACUCGACACAAAAAGUCAGUGCAUUCGGGUGAGAAACCAUACUCUUGUCCUAAAUGUGGCAAGAAGUUUAAGAGGAGAGAUCAUGUUCUGCAACAUCUCAACAAAAAGAUUCCUUGCACGCAGGAAGGUGAAGGACUUUCUACGGCGCCUAAAAGAGAGAAUGGUGGUCGAGUGGAGCAAUCUGGAACGGUAUAG